UUUUAUUCCCAUUUCUUUUCUAUUUUUUUUUUUUUAUUCCCUCCUUUAUAUCACACUUUCUCAAUGUCUGAGUCACCUAUUCUUAUCGAUGUCACUGAUCACGUAGCCACCAUCACGUUGAAUAGACCAAAGAAAGGAAAUGCACUCACAGUAGCUAUGAAUGAACAACUCUUAACCAUUUUACCAAAACUUGCAACUGAUCCACAAGUACGAGUUCUUAUUCUAACAGGUGCUGGCAAGUACUUUUGCACUGGUAUGGAUCUCUCAGCGUCAUCAUCGGGAGUGGAUCCUGAAGCGAUCAAGACAGGGUUUCAAAAGGGAUUACAAGUAUUUGACCAACUAUAUCGGUUCCCAAAACCAGUGAUUGCACGCGUGAAUGGACCUGCAUUUGGUGGUGGGGUUGGUUUAGUAUUUACAGCAGAUAUCCGAGUGGCGAUCAACGAUGGGUAUUUUGCAUUGACAGAAGUAAAACGUGGGAUUCUUCCAGCCAUCAUCUCUCAAUAUAUUGUGCCUGAAUUAGGUGUACAACGUGCCAAGGAAUAUAUGUUGACCGGUCGAAAAGUCACAGUGGAAGAAGCCUCCUUUCUCAGUGCCAAAGUAAAAACCAAGGAUGCUCUGGAUAGUACCGUGGAUCAAUAUGUUCAGUCCUUGAUGGACUCGGCUCCUGAUGCUAUGGCCAAAAUCAAACAACUGGUGGAUGUUGUCUCCAAUGGAGCUCAAGUCGAUCGUCCCCAUAACAUUCAACACUAUGUACAACAAGCCUAUCUGGAUAUGAUGCAAUCGGAUGAAGCUGCUUUUGGUAUCAUGGCGUUCAUGUCCAAGAAGAAACCGGAUUGGGAUGCAUUCUUGAAAGACAAGGCUAAAUUAUAGAACUAGUUUAGUUAUUUUUAUUUUUAUUUUUUUUAGUUUAGUAUUGGAUUAUUUUAAUUGGG